UCGCAAGAAGCCCAAAGCCCCAAACACCUGCCAUCCAAGUAUCUAACCAGCCAGACAAAGCAAGACUCUGAGCACGACUCUGGGCGCGUGGCGCGGCUUCGUUCCACACUUUCUGCCCCGCGGACGGAAUCGAAUCGGCCUGGGAUCGCCAGGCCCAAUCAACCUCUGCCAUCCACGCCCACCAGCACAGGAUCAAAAUAUCUGCCCACCGCGUUCUAGCCAUACACGAUACGGCCAUUUCACGGUUCAUCGUCCUCGCAGGAACAGCAGCAACUAGAUCGAAUUCUUCGGCACCGGGAAGCAAAGCGAGCGAGCGAGCGGUCCGCCAUGGCCAUGGUCGCCUCCACAUCCUUCGCCUACAAGCCGCGCUUCGCGGUGGUGUGCAGGAAGAACAAGGACGGGCGGGACAGGGAGCGGGAGAAGGAGAAGGAGCACAAGCACCCGUUCAAGGUCGUCGAGAUCACGCCGCCGCCGCGCUGCCUCGGCGUCCGCUGCUUCCCCACCAACAUCCACUGCGGCGAGAGCGUGACGAUCGAGGGUCAGGCGUACACGGUGUCGGCGGUGACGCACCGGUACCAGCUGCGCAAGGGGCGGUACGAGCCCAGCGAGAAGCGCCUCGACGUCCUCUCCACCGGCAGAUACAUCCUCAACCUCUACCUCCAAAACCUCCUCGACCAAUCCUAGCUAGCUAGCUGUUCGCAUCUCCUCAUACUCGUAGCUAGCACAGGAAUUACAAUGCUGUAAAUAACGAACACUUGCCCAUAUAUGGUGAACUGCGAACACUUGUCCCAGUGGAUGGACGACGGAGGAUCAUGGAUGCAGCAGCUCCAUGCGUGCUGCUCUGUACAACUGAAGAAAAAAGAGGGGCGAGAUGAGGCGUAAAGUUCAGUAAA